GUUGACCUGUCAGAUCCUCUGUCUCACAUCUGGCUGCACAUCUGGACUCGUUGAGUCCCUCCGUGAUGGACUGGCUGGACCAGCUCGCCUUCCUGGAGCCGGAGGAGCUGCUGCGCUACUUCUGCUGUAACAAAUCAGUGAUGUCCUGCAUGGAGAACCCGGGCAAGUUCCUCCGCCAACUGCGGGACUACGACCUGAUCCCGGAGGACAGGUACACGAAAGUGUGUUGCAUGAAGACAAAAGAAAAUAUGAAGACAGCCCUGUAUGACGUGUUGGACUGGGUGGAGCGGGAGCGAUCCCAGUGUAUCCCCCUGUUCUGGAGAUGUGUUUUCAAAGACCCCAUCCUGAACGUCUACCCAACCCUGCGACUGCUGCGUAACAGCCUCAUGGACGGAUCUUUCAAGAAGGCAGAGACAGAUCAAAGGAAAAGGAAGGAGCUCACUGAAGUUCUGGAGGAAGAGGAGGAGCAGGGGAGCUCAGUGAAAAAGAAGAAGAAGCAAUUGAGGAGGAGCAUGUGCGAGGAUGAUGAUGAGGAGCAGCAGCCCGGUCCUUCUUCUCAAUUUACUCCACUUUGGAGGAAAAAGACAGAGAAAGUCAAUUCUCCGAUGAAGAAAGGAGAGAAAAGGGACAUUUGGACUUUGCUACUUAAUAAGACUCAGCUUCCUGUGACCUGUGGAUCCGAGCAGGGGAUGCUGAGCAGGGAGCGCCUGGCGAAAGGGGAGAAGUGCAUUUUGUCCCAGAAACAGUGGUUUACUCCCAGUGAAUUUGAGAAGUUUGCAGGGAAGGGAAGCUAUAAGAACUGGAAGUCCAGCAUUAAGUGUAUGGAUUCCCCCCUGGCAAGACUUAUAAAGGACGGGCACCUGAAACCAGCAAACUUCAUAAGACGCCAUGAAACGGAUUUAAGUCGGGCCAAGAGCUCCCUGUUUCCACCGUACACGAUCUUCAGCCAACUGUUGGACAACGACCCGUUCAAGGUGAUCGAUCCAUCUGAUGGUGCAACCACAGUGUCUGAGGAAGAAGAUUAUGAUGAUGAUGUGAUUGAAUUUUGGGAUGUGGAGGAUGAUCUGGAAAACCAAGAGGACCAGGUUCCUUAUAGCAACAAAGAGAAUUCUACGGACGUCACAGAUGAAGAUGAAGCGACUGAGAACCAGACGGAGCCAGAAGUGAGCAAAGUCUUCAAAGUGACAUGUGGAGGUGAAGCUGGGACUUUACACCAAAAACGAUUUGCAUCAGGGACUCGUGGAAAGUGUAUUCGAACAGAGAGGAGCUGGUUGACCCCCAUAGAGUUUUUAAAGGAGGCAUCAAGUCAGAGAGGCUUCUGGAAGAAAAUGAUCUUGUGUGAAGGGAAACCCCUCUGUGCUCUCAUAGAGGCGAAGGUCUUGAAGAUCCACCCCCUGCUGUGUGAGUGCAGUCUGUGCAAACCAAAUCAAACAGAUCUGAAGAACCAGAAACACGACGAUGAGUGCUGUGUGUGUAAAGGAGGAGAAGCUGACCUGGUGAAGUGUGAUUCUUGCCCUUGUUCCUUCCACCAGAAAUGUCACCUCCCACAUGUAGAUGACUACUUUUUGGGGGAAAGCAGACCCAGGAUCUGUACAUUCUGUGUAACCACUCAGGGGCAGUCCGGUGAUAAGCUGAAAAUGACAGAAGCCCUCACCCAACAGAUCUCAGGACACAUACUGGAAUGUCAGUAUCUCAUCCUGCGUCUGCUCAGUGCUGAUGACCAACAAACCUUUGCUUCAGACCCACGCCUCUACUUGAAAAGUUACUCCAGGUUUGUCCAGACUCCGAUGUGGCUCAGAAAAGUAGCAGAGAAACUCCAGGGGAAAGAAUAUGUAACGGUUGGAGAUUUUGUGUCUGACGUCAAACUCAUGUUCACCAACUGGGCCUCGUACAACCUGGCUAACCCUGAACUCCUCGCCCUGGGGGACAAACUGCAGCAGUUAUUUCACUCAGAGUUCAAAGUCGUGUUUAACAUCGAUGAACAGAGCGCUGACUGAUGAGCAGGGUUAAGUUUUCAAACUCGGUACACCUUCACUGUAAUGACCAAUGUUUAAUAUUCAUGUUUUUUCCUUGUCUACAAAACUUAGGGACUUCUCCUAAUAUACUAUAAAUAAAUGUAUUUUAAAAUGUAUUUUUUCCAAAGCAUUUGCAUCAUGCAAAAUAUCUGGAUUUUCACGUCACUUUACAUAAUUAAAGCAUUGACAUGUUUUAUACAAUUAUA